UCUCCACACACAUCUACUAUUUUCUUCUAUUAUGGAUGAUGUGCAGAACAUAGUUAGAGAGAAAACAGAACCAGUAGCUACUAUGUUGGAGCAAAGCUAUGCAAUAUUUAAUAAAUUGGCAGGUGAUGAUGGAAGGAUACAAGUGGGAGUUCAGGCCAUGGAACAAGGUGAAGGAUUUAUUCAGCAUGUUGACAGAAAUGUCUCCCCAGAACGAGCUACAUUAAUGGAGAACAGUAGUGGAAGAUUAGUGCAGUCCGGCACAAGUGCCAGCUCUACAAAGCUAGUGGGUCGAGCAUUUGAACAGAAUAUGAAGGUGAUACGGUCUUGGUUAAUGGAUGAUGAAAUCUCAACCAUUGGCAUUUACGGAAUGGGGGGAGUUGGUAAAACAACAUUGCUGCAACAUAUCCGCAAUGAGCUUCUAGAAAGACAAGAUAUUUCUCGUAGUGUUUACUGGGUGAAUGUGCCUCAAGGUUUCAAGAUUGAAGAAUUGCAAGAUCUUAUUGCUAAAUAUCUUCAUUUAGAUCUUUCAAGCAAAGAUAAUGAUCUGUCUAGAGCUGUCAAACUGGCUAAAGAACUAGCGAAGAAACAAAAAUGGAUUCUCAUUUUAGAUGAUUUGUGGAACUUUUUUGAGCCACAAGAAAUAGGGAUUCCUAUCCCAUUGGAAGGAUCCAAGCUCAUUAUGACAACUCGAUCAGAAAUUGUUUGUCGUCAGAUGAAUAGCCAAAACAAUAUAAGAGUGGAUGCUCUUUCUGAUGAAGAAUCCUGGACCUUGUUCACGGAGAGGCUUGGACAAGACAUACCACUUUCUCCAGAAGUGGAACGAAUUGUUGUAGAUGUUGCAAGGGAAUGUGCUGGUUUGCCUUUGGGAAUUGUUACAUUAGCAGAAAGUUUGAAGGGAGUGAAUGACCUACAUGAGUGGAGGACUACAUUGAAGAGAUUAAAAGAAUCAAAUUUUUGGGACAUGGAAGAUCAGAUAUUCCAGAUAUUAAGAUUGAGUUAUGAUUGUUUAGAUGAUUCAGCACAACAAUGUUUUGUAUAUUGUGCAUUAUUUGAUGAACAUCAUAAGAUUGAAAGGGGGGUGUUGAUAGAUUAUUUCAUCGAGGAGGGGAUAAUUAAAGAAAUGAGCAGGCAAGCAGCACUUGACAAGGGCCACUCAAUUCUUGAUAGACUAGAAAAUGUUAGCUUAUUGGAAAGAAUUGAUGGUGGUAUUGCUGUCAAGAUGCAUGACUUGCUUAGGGACAUGGCCAUCCAAAUACUGGAUGAGUACUCUCUAGUCAUGGGCUAA